GCUGCCCAGUUCCAGCGGAAGCCCGAGGACCACCACGCGGAGCUGGAGGAGCCCGCCCAGGAGAAGGCCCCCAAGUCCACCCACAAGCCAGUUGCCUUAACCCCCUUGGCCAAGGGCACGCCCUCGCCGGCCGCCGCCCCGGGCCCCGUCAAGCUGGCCCCCUGCUGCCACUCUCCCCCCCUCAAGACGCCCGCCAGCUGCCCCACGCCGCCGCCGCGCCCCAGUGCCCCCUGCACUUUACCCGCCUGUCCCGACGGCAGCCCUGGGCCCGGCUCCCAGGUGCCCGGUGCUGAGGACAAGAGUGGCCAGGGCCGGCGUCCUGGAGCCCACCUCCCCUCCUUGGAGCCAGAUCUGCCUCCGGGAUUCCCGUGCCCCCCAGCCAGCACGGGCUUCUCCUCCCUCCCCUCAGAUGUGCACUCCUCAGACCUCCCGGACCCCGAAACUAUGCAAACCGCCCCCCCGGGGGCCCAGUCUGAGCCGGCGAGGAGCAGGACGUUGUGUCCCGGGGAGCCGGCCCCCUGCAGCCCCGGGAGCCUGGAGGGAGCUGAGCUGCUGGCGGGGGCCCCGGGGGCCCCCCGGGACCUGGCCGCCCCGGCCCACCCUGCAGAGCGGGGCUCCCUAGGGAAGGCAGAGGACCCCAGCCCCCCGGAAGGGCUACGAGAACUGCGAUUCGGGGAGCUCGAGGCCGCCGGCCAGGCUGAUUCUACUCAGGGAGGGACGCAGGAGGAGAGGACCGGAGAGGAGGGGGCCCCGCGGGGCGUCUCCCCUCAGACGCCGGGGUGGCAGGCCGGGAGCUCAGGUACCCCGGACGAGGACGAGGAGGAAACGCGGCGAGCCCCAGACACGGCCGGGCCGCCGGAGGAGGAGGCCCCGCCGGAGGAGGGGGGCGGGGGAGACUCCGAGGACGACUGGGGGCCUGCGGGCGGCGGCCCCUCCCCCAGAGCCCUGCCGGGCCUGGACGCUCUGGUGGCCGCUACCGUGGACCUGGGAGACCUGCCCGGCGCGGGCCCGCCGGAGCCGCCGCCCCCGGCCGCCCCCGGGCCCCCCCGCGUGGCCCCCCGGCCCUGCGGCUCAGGGAUUCACGGCAUCGCCCUGCUCAGCGAGCUGGCCGACCUGGAGAUUCAGCGGCAGAGGUCCGAGCGCACCGCGCAAGCAGGGGACGAGGACGUGCUGGCCUUCAACCUGCAGCACCUCGCCACGCUGGCCACGGCCUGGUCGCUGGCGGAGGCCGCCGGCCGCUCGGCCCCGCCCCCGCCGCCGCCCCCCCCCACCGCCGCCCGCCGCGGGCCCGGCCUCACCCCCCGCAUGCGGAUCCAGCAGCGCAAGGACACCUGGACCCCCAGGAGCAAGCCCGUGUGCCCGCUGAAGGCCGCCAUCGAGCGGCUGGACACGCAGGAGGUGGGCAUCCGCAUGCAGCUCGCCGAGCUCCAGCGGCGCUACAAGGAGAAGCAGCGGGAGCUGGCGCGCCUGCAGCGCAGACACGACCACGAAAGAGAGGAGAGUUCUCGGAGCCCCGCACGGCGGGGGCCCGGUCGGCCGAGGAAGCGCAAGCACUCGAGCUCGCUGCCCAGCCUGCGUCCCGGGGGCCCGCUCGCCAGGAGCGAGGGCAGGAAAGCCAAGGCGGUGCGGGCCGGCCUGAGUCUGCUGUGUGCGGAGCUCCAAGCCGAGGCACCCCCGAGGAAGCAGAGCAAGCUGGAGAAGAGCAUCUACGUGGACCUGCAGACGGCCUCCGCGGAGAAGGUCCGGUGUAAGAAGAGCGGCGGGCAGGGCGGGCUGGCGUCCCCGGCGGCUCUCAAGGUGGCGCAGCUGAAGCCGGACGUCAAGAGCAAGGCGCUGCCGGCCGGCCUCGGCUCCUUCCCGCGCAGGGAGGCCGCCCCGGGCGGGCGUCUCCGGAAGCUGUCCCGGGCCCAGAGCGCCAAGGCGUCGGCGGCCCGGCACUCGCCCGGCGGGGCUGGCGGCAGGGAGGCGCCCCGGUUCCCCUCCCAGCCGGCGGGGGCCAGGGCGCACGAGGCAGGCAGCGGCUACGACAGCGAGGACGGCCACCCGCUGCUGGGGGCGGAGGGGGCGCCCCGGGAGGCGGAGCUGGUGCUGCACCCCGGGGCGGGCGGAGCCCCCCUGGGGCCCUCGCCUUCCUCCGUGGUCAAGAUGGAAGCCAACCAGAAAGCCAAGAAGAAGAAGGAGCGGCAGAGCCUGUUAGGGGCCUGCCGCCUGUCCAGCCCUGAGAGCCAGGUCAAGAUCAAGAGGCAGGCCGUGAAGGCCAAGGCGGGCCCCAAGCUGGAGCGGGCCCCGGGGCGGCGGCCCCCCGGCGCCCCGGGCAAGAAGAAGGGCAAGGGCAAGGCCCAGGGCGGCCUGCGCGCGGAGCCGGGGCCCGGCGGCGGCAGGGAGGCCGUGUUCGGCCCCGCCCGGGCCUUCGCCGCCCGCGAGGAGGGCGGCGCGCUGGUCAGCGAGCGCCUCAAGAGGGCCACGCGCAAGAGCGGCGUGCUGCAGCCCGUCCUGCGGCGUAAGAACGGGGCCCUGUCCAUCGCCCUGUCCGCCCGCAACGCCAAGGCCAUCCUGGGGAAGGGCAGGAAGCUGGGCAAGGUGAAGAGCAAGACGGUCCGCAAGCAGGGCCCCGGCCGGGCUGUGAGCCGGCUGCUGGAGAGCUUCACGGUGGAGGACGACUUCGAGUUCGAUGACGGCAGCAGCUUCUCGGAGGAGGAGGACGAGGAGGAGGAGGAGGAUGAAGAGGAGGAUGACGAGGAGGAGGAGGAGGAGGAGGAGGAGGAGGAGGAGGAGGCCGCCGAGCAGCUGAGCGCGGAGCAGAGCGCAGCCCUGGCGCGGUCCUGCACCAUCCACAAGGAGGACCUGCAGGACGGGCUGCCCGUGCUCAUCCCCAAGGAGGACAGCCUGCUCUACGCCGGCAGCGUCAGGACCCUGCAGCCCCCCGACAUCUACAGCAUCGUCAUCGAGGGGGAGAGAGGCAACCGGCAGCGCAUCUACUCGCUGGAGCAGCUGCUGCAGGAGGCGGUCCUCGACGUGCGGCCGCAGUCCAGCCGGUACCUUCCGCCCGGCACGCGCGUCUGCGCCUACUGGAGCCAGAAGUCUCGCUGCCUGUACCCGGGCAACGUGGUCCGAGGCACCUCCAGCGAUGAGGAGGACUUGGACUCGGUGCUGGUCGAGUUUGACGACGGGGACACCGGCCACAUCGCCGUCUCUAACAUCAGGCUUCUGCCUCCUGACUUCAAGAUCCAGUGCACAGAGCCGUCUCCAGCCCUGCUGGUGUCCAGCAAUUGCCGGAGAACCAAGAAAGUGUCCAGCGAGGCCCCCCCACCUAGCGAAGCCCCCACCCCCAGCCUGUCCCCUAAAGUGCAAGACGGUCUAGAAGCUUCCAAGACCCCCGGGAAGAAAUCCAUCAGCAAAGACAAAGCUGGGAGAGCUGACCUCCUGACCUCAGGGGCCAAGUCCCCGUCCGGGGCCCCCGAGCACUUCCUGGGCCCCCGGGGCGGCCCCCUGCUGAGCUGGUCGGCCCUGGCGCAGAGCAAGCGGAGGGCGGCGGCGGGCGGCAAGGGGCCCGGGGUGCUGCAGAACCUCUUCCAGCUCCACGGCGGCGCCAAGAAGCUGCGGGCGCGCGAGGCGCUGUACCCCGUGCACGGCGUGGCCGCGCCCGUGUUCGGCAACGGCUUCCGCGCCGACUCCUUCAGCCGCCUGGCCAGCGCCUACGCGCCCUUCGUGGGCGGGGCGGGGGCGGGGCUGCCCGCCGGGGCCCACCGGCUGCUCCGGGCCAAGAAGGCGGAGCGGGCCGAGGCGGAGAAGGGCGGCCGGCGGCGGGCGGGCGGCGAGUUCCUGGUCAAGCUGGACCACGAGGGCGUGACCUCGCCCAAGAACAAGGCCUGCAAGGCGCUGCUCGUGGGCGAGAAGGACCCGGCGCCCAAGCCGGGGCGCCCGCCGCCCGGCCCCGGCUACGCGCCCCCGGCGGGCAGGGACCGGAAGGGGCGGGCGCCCGUCCACCCGCUGCCCCUGGGGCUGGCGCUGCGCAAGUACGCGGGCCGGGCCGAGUGCCCGCUGGCCUGCGACAGCGACUGCCCCAGCUCCUACUCGGACGAGGACGAGGACGGCCCGGGGCUGGCGGCCGCCGUGCCCGCGCGCUUCCUGGCGCGCCUGUCCGCGUCCUCGUCCUCGUCCGGCUCCUCCAGCUCCUCCUCCGGCUCGCUGUCCACCUCCAGCCUCUGCUCCUCCGACAACGAGGACUCCUCCUACAGCUCCGAGGACGACGGCCCCGCGCUGCUGCUGCAGACCUGCCUCUCCCGCCCCGUGCCCGCCCUGCUGGCCCCGCCCGACGCCCUGCGCGCCAAGCCGGGCGGCCCCCCGCCCCACGCCCCGCGCUGCUUCCUGUCCCGGGCCGCCGCGGCGGGCGGGGGCGCCGGGCCCAGCGGCGGCAGGCCCAAGCUCAAGCGCAAGGAGGCCCUGGGCUUCCCCAAAGCCAAAGAGCUCUCGCGGAGGCAGCGGCUGCCCUCCGUGGAAAACCGGCCAAAGAUCUCGGCCUUCCUGCCCGCCCGGCAGCUGUGGAAGUGGUCCGGGAACCCCACGCAGAGGCGGGGCAUGAAGGGGAAGGCCCGGAAGCUGUUCUACAAGGCCAUCGUCCGCGGCAAGGAGACGCUGUGCGUCGGGGACUGCGCCGUCUUCCUGUCGGCCGGGCGGCCCAACCUGCCCUACAUCGGCCGCAUCGAGAGCAUGUGGGAGUCCUGGGGCAGCAACAUGGUGGUGAGGGUCAAGUGGUUCUACCACCCCGAGGAGACCAAGCUGGGGAAGCGGCAGAGCGACGGGCGGAACGCGCUGUACCAGUCGUGUCACGAGGACGAGAACGACGUGCAGACCAUCUCCCACAAGUGCCAGGUGGUGGGGCGGGAGCAGUACGAGCAGAUGACCCGGAGCCGCAAGUACCAGGACCGGCAGGACCUCUACUACCUGGCGGGCACCUACGACCCCACCACGGGGCGGCUGGUGACGGCGGACGGGGUGCCCAUCCUGUGCUGAGCGCCCCGCCGGCCCCCCCAGAGCAAAUAUGC